GCCAACUGUCAUAAAAAAAUACACAGAAUAAGACGAAGAGCUUGAAACGAAACAUUAUUUCGACCGUAUCAACUUCUGUAGCUCAACAAACGCAAAAUGACUUUUUUAAUGAAUUUCUUUACGUUUAUUUUCAAGGUAGUAACGUUGCCACUACAAUUAAUGGAAGUGGUUGGCAUAUAUGGCAUCUACAAGCGUGUCUUUCCAUUUCUAAUUUACAAGAUAUCUUUCACCUACAACAAGAAAAUGAACGACAAAAAGAAGGAUCUUUUCAGCAAUCUCUCAGAGUUCACCAAAGGCAAUGGCCCGCUUCGCAUUUUGGAGAUUGGUUGCGGAAGCGGGGCUAACUUUGAAUUCUACCCGUCUGGUUGCAAGGUGAUUUGCACCGACCCCAAUCCUAACUUCGAGAAGUAUCUACAAAAAAGUCUGGCUGUCAAUGAUCACCUAACAUUUGAAAGAUUUGUGGUCGCUUUCGGAGAGGACAUGGGGGCAGUGAAAGAUGACUCGGUGGACGUUGUCGUCUGCACGCUGGUGUUGUGUUCUGUCAACGACAUACGGCGAACAUUGCAGGAAGCGCAUCGCAUAUUGAGGCUUGGUGGUGCGCUGUACUUUUUGGAGCAUGUAGUGGCAGACCCAUCUUCUUGGACAUACUUCUUCCAGCACGUCUUCCAGCCGAUAUGGUACUACUUUGGGGAUGGAUGUGAAGUAGUCAGGGCGACAUGGAAACAUCUGGAGACUGCUGGGUUCUCUGAGCUCAAACUGAGGCACAUCGAGGCACCACUCAACUUCAUGAUCAAACCACAUAUUAUAGGCUAUGCUGUCAAGUAAAGUUUGACUAAAAAAUCUAAAAAGCACUUGAACAUCUGAGUUAUCUCGUUGCAAGUGUGUGGGAAUAAUGUGAUGACGGUUUAAAGAAAAAAUAAACCCGCACAGUGCUCUUGUUUGUAUCACUUGUUCCUAUGCAGGCUUUAAUAUAAUACGUCAUAAGCAAGAGUGCGGGUUUCUCUUUUCUUUACAGUAAAGUUUGAUAAAAAUCUCUGGUCUUAGGCCUAUCCCAGCAACUGUUUAAAAGUAAUUGUUGACACUUAUGUAUUCAGUGUAAUUUUAUAACCCUUAUUUUACCAGGUAAGUUGACUCAGAACACGUUCUUAUUUAACUUGGGGAAUAGCUAUGGGGAUGAAUGAUCUAAUUGGAAGAUGGGUAUGAUGAGAUGGCCAUGACGGUCAGAUUGGGAAUUUAGCCAGGACACUGGGGUUAACAUCACUACUCUUACGAUAAGUGCCAUGGGAGUCAGGACAACUGUUUAACGUCCCAUCCAAAAGACCGCACCCUACACCGGGCAAUGUCCCUAAUCGCUGCCCUGGGAUAUUUAUUUUAGACCAGAGGAUAGAGUGCCUCCUACUUGCCCUCCAACACCACUUCCAGCAGCAACUGGUCUCCCAUCCAGGGAACAACCAGUCCAACCCUGUUUAGCUUCAGAGGAAAGCCAGCAGCAUACCACCAAGUGUUAUUUUGAGUACUUUUCUUAAAAAGUGUUAUUCAAAAAAGCUACUUAAAAUGGCAUAUACAGGGAGUGUGUAUUAAUCUGAAGAGAUCACCUCUGUGUAACCAAAUGGAGCAACAAGCUGUUUUUUCUUUAGGGAGAGUGGAGGCUCAGAAUGCUAGGAGAAGAGGACCGCUGUCAUCUAGUGGAUAUAAACUCUAACCAGUAGGCCACCACCUGAUCAGAUAAACUCUGGGUCUGAGACAUGUUCUAUAGGGAGAAUCUCAAUUGGAUACUCAAGUCCUCUCUCCUCUCUUCCUUCUCAAAAUCCAUUGGAGG